AUGGCCACAGCUGGCAGGAUCAGUUUUACGGUGAGGAGCAUUUUGGAUUUACCGGAGCAGGAUGCUAACAACAGCAAGCCGGACUCGGAUCGCCACCCGUCGGGGAAGUACGCCAGCUCGCCGUACGGGGAAUGGAUCGAAAGAGACAGAAACCAUUAUCUGUCUUCGGAUGAGAGCGGUCCAGAAACGAGUUUACCCGAUUCCACCCAAAGAUCGCACCCGCCCCACGGCCCGGAAGCCGAGAAAAAGAAAAAGAGGCGAGUGCUCUUCUCCAAGGCACAGACCCUGGAGCUGGAGAGGCGGUUCCGGCAGCAGAGGUACCUCUCGGCCCCGGAACGGGAGCAGUUGGCCCAUUUGCUCAGCCUGACCCCCACGCAAGUAAAGAUCUGGUUCCAGAACCACAGGUACAAAAUGAAAAGGGCUAAAACGGAGGGGUCCUGCAGCACCGAACUCAGCCAGCCCCCUCUGCUCCGGAGAGUCGUGGUGCCAGUGCUGGUCAGGGAUGGCAAACCGUGCCAGAGCUGUACCACCAGCCCGGGAGCGGCAGCGGCAGCGGCGCAGGACAAGCUGGGCUGCCACACACAAACUGCUUUCACAAUCCAAGGAUACCAAGCCUUCCAGCCCAGCUCCGCCGCUGCCCUGAGCCUCUUCCCUGCCUACCAGCGCUUAGCACACCCUGCAAUAGUCUCCUGGAAUUGGUGA